AUGCCACCUAAAAGGAGGAAACUUUUGGGACGGCACACGGCAGCUGCCUCCGCUGCUAGAGCAGCGAGGGCGAGUGAAACCCCUGAACAGACUUCUUUGCGUCUUUCACGGAUGGCCUCGAGAUCAGCUGCUCACUUAUCUGCGCGGACUGAAAGUUUGGCUUCAGCGGCUUCAACCAUGUCCGCACGCCGCGCCAGGCUUUCAGUUGAAGAACGUUCAUUUCAGAAUUCACAGGAUGCAGUCCGCGUGGCUAGGUUGAGGGGUUCACAGUCCCCAGCACAGAAAACCCUUCGUCCUUCGGAACAACCCCAAGAAACCGCUCAUCGUCAAUGUAGAAUUGCCCUAUCCACCGCGUCUUCCAGAGCCUUAGAAAGCCCUGCACAAACCCCUGUUCGUCGCGUUAGAAAUGCCCGCUCUACUGCGUCUGUCAGGGCUGCAGAAAACUCUGAAGUACGCUGUCAUUGGCUCGAAAACAUUAGCCAACUUCAAGCUUCUUUGAAUGGCGUAACUUCGCCGUCUGCGUCAUUUUGGUCAAAUGCCGCAUACAAUUAUGAAUGCACUGUCAACUAUUCCGCUAGGAGAGACGUACAAAUAGGGGCCAUGGAUAAAGUUUGCACUUUUUGCAACGCAAAAAAUUGGGCCGGUGAGCAACCUGGGCUUUGUUGCUCUGGGGACAAAAUCAAACUCCCUUCUUUAGACGAAUCCCCACAGCCGCUUGGGGACCUCCUUCUGGGUACAACUUCAGAGUCAACGCAUUUUCUUGAAGCAAUACGGAAGUACAACUGUUGCUUCCAGAUGACGUCUUUUGGUGCGAAAUCUAUUAGUGAGGGAGGAUGGAUGUCUACUUUCAAAGUGCAAGGCCAGAUUUACCACUUAAUGGGAUUACUUUUGGCUGAUCAGAGAGAGCCACCUCAGUUCCUACAAAUUUACUUUCUUGCUGACUACAACGAGCAGGUUGAUGCACGUCUCGGCAUUCUGCCUAGUAAUAUUUCCGUCAGUCCCCGUAGAGACAUUCUGUUCCGUCUACAAGACAUGCUUCACGAAACUAACAAUUACAUCCGAAGCUUAAAGUUUGCGUUGCAAAACAACUCUUUGCCCUCUUUCAGUGUUGUCAUCGAUGCAGACAGACGGCCUCACGGUGAGCAUGAGCGUCGCUUCAAUGCUCCUGCAUGUAAUGAAGUCGCCGCAGUCAUCCACGGUAAGGAGCAUAACAGCCGUGACAUUGUCAUAAGGUACCGGGGCGGUGGCCUGCGCCGCAUCAGUGAAACCCACCGUUCAUACGACUGUCUCCAGUACCCACUUCUUUUUCCAUACGGAAGAGAUGGGUACCACUUCAAAAUCCCAAUAUACCAGGCAAGCAGCGAUUCCAUGUCGACCUCAAAGACGGUCUCCUGUAGGGCCUACAUGUUUAUGGUUAGGGAAGGUGAAUUCAACCACUUGCUCAGGUGCCGUCAACUAUUAGUUCAAUUCGCUGUUGACAUGGCUGCAAAAAUGGAGUCGGAGAGGUUAGGAUUCAUCAAGUUAAACCAAUCCAAACUUAGAACCGAUUCCUACAUUCACCUUCGUGAUGGUCUGCGUUCUGAUGGUGACCCACGCAAUCUCGGCAAACCGUGCAUUUUGCCUUCCCCUUACACUGGUGGCCCUCGAUACAUGUAUGAAAGGACACAAGAUGCAAUGACCUAUGUCCGUGAUUACGGGAGGCCUGGUUGUUCGUCACGUUCACGUGCAAUGCGAAAUGAUAUUCGAACUGUCAAUGGCAUAGAAUGCCAGUCUUAUAGAGAGGCAUGCUUCCGUUUGAGAUUGCUUGAAGAUGACUCCCAAUGGGAUGCUGCCAUGGCGGAGGGUGAACUUCUCAGAACGCCAUCACGGCUUCGAACGCUGUUCGCCAUUUUGCUUUUGCGAUGCGAACUAAGCGAUCCUCUGUCGCUCUGGCUAAAGUACAGAGAAUCCAUGUCAGAGGAUGUGCUGUUCUUCGUUCAGCGUAACAGCCCAGGAGUUGAAUGCGGUUUCACUGACUUCAUAUUCAACAGAGCGCUGGUGGCCCUAGAAGAUGUUGUUUUCGAACUGGGAGAUGCCUCUUUACAAACUUUACCACCACCGCUCAGAGACGGUUUUGACACUGUACCAAACAUUAAUCACUUCUUUCUUUCUUUUUUCCUUUCUUUCUUUUCUUUCUUUCUUUCUUUCUUUCUUUCUUUCUUUCUUUCUUUCUUUUGCUGA